AUGACUUCUCGGCCCAUAACAAUAACGACCUCAAGUGGGGAGCCACUGGUGAACAGCAGUGUGGGGAACUUACAUGCCAAUGGAGGCAGACUGAUGGGCCAAGGGGACCUUGGUUCAGGGUCUACCUUGGACCUCAUCAACAACUGCCAUGUUGCAGAUGAGGAGAAUGACUUUCCUGAGCUGUGGAAGGAGCAAAAGCUGCCUAAGGUUCAAGAUCCCAGGAGCAAAGAGACAGACACAACGAAGCUGCUCCUCAUCAACAUCUCCAAGAUCCCACUGCUCCUGUUCCUCCUCUUCAUGUUCAUCUGCUCCCUGGAUAUUCUGAGUUCUGCCUUUCAGCUAGCUGGAGGUAAGGUUGCAGGAGACAUCUUCAAGGACAAUGCUAUCCUUUCCAAUCCGGUGGCCGGCCUGGUGGUGGGCAUUCUUGUGACCGUACUCGUCCAGAGUUCCAGCACCUCCACCUCCAUCAUUGUCAGCCUGGUGUCCUCAGGACUACUAGAUGUUUCCUCUGCUGUUCCGAUCAUCAUGGGAUCCAACAUUGGAACAUCUGUCACAAACACUAUUGUGGCCCUUAUGCAAGCAGGAGAGAGGAACGAAUUCAGGAGGGCAUUUGCAGGAGCUACUAUCCAUGACUGCUUCAACUGGCUGUCAGUGCUGGUCUUACUUCCCCUGGAGGUGGCCAGUGGGUUGCUGAACAGAAUGGCCCAUGCUGUGGUCAAGAGCUUUCACCUUCAGAGUGGGGAAGAUGCUCCGGAGAUGUUGAAAGUCGUUACUGAACCACUCACCAAACUCAUCAUUCAGCUGGAUAAGUCUGUGAUCACUGGGCUGGCCACUGGAGAUGAGAGCAUGAGGAACAGGAGCCUGGUGAAAGUGUGGUGCAAGAUGGACCAUACUGUGUUAUCUCAGAGCGUGUCCAUGAGUGGGUCUUUGAACUGCACCAGCUGGCAGGACGGGAGCACUUCCUGCUUCAUUGUCAACAACACAUCACAAGAAAACAUCCAGAAAUGUAGGCAUCUGUUUGUGGACUCCUCCAUGCCGGACCUGUGGGUUGGACUUAUCCUCCUGGGUGCUUCCUUGGCUGUGCUCUGCAGUUGUCUAGUCUUGAUUGUCAAGGUGCUCAACUCCAUUCUCAAAGGUCAAGUUGCCAAGAUCAUCCAAAAGAUCAUCAACACAGACUUCCCGUACCCCUUUGGCUGGGUGACAGGCUACCUGGCCAUGCUGGUUGGGGCUGGAAUGACCUUUGUGGUUCAGAGUAGCUCUGUCUUCACAUCAGCUUUAACCCCUCUGAUAGGCAUUGGUGUGAUCAGUAUUGAGCGAGCCUACCCCCUGACCCUGGGGUCCAACAUUGGGACCACAACCACAGCCAUCCUUGCAGCACUGGCCAGCCCUGGGGAUAAACUGGCUUCUGCAUUCCAGAUUGCCUUGUGCCACUUCUUUUUUAACAUCAUUGGCAUCCUGCUGUGGUACCCAGUACCGGCGAUGCGGCUGCCCAUCCGCAUGGCACAGACACUGGGGGAACGCACGGCUAAGUAUCGCUGGUUUGCUGUGCUCUACCUGGUGCUCUGCUUCCUGUUGCUUCCCUCGCUGGUUUUUGGCCUCUCCUUGGCCGGCUGGAGAGUCAUGGUGGGUGUGGGUGCACCAUUUGCUGGUGUCACACUCUUCAUUGUGCUAGUCAACAUGCUGCAGUCGCACAGUCCGCACCGGCUGCCUGUCCGCCUUCAGAGUUGGGACUUCCUGCCCACCUGGAUGCACUCCCUCAAGCCCAUGGACAAGCUGAUUGCUAAGGCUGCACCCUGCUGUAAAGCUGGUCGACAUGAUGAUGCUGCAACCACCAGCACUACAACCUCUACCCUGCCUACACAACCUCAUGUGCCUCCUUUGGCCCCACCUUCCCCGACUCUGCAAAGGAAGACUUUGCCAGCUUUUGAUAACCCUGUUCUUUCCUACCUAGACGAGACCUCCUCAGUCCCUGUGUUCAAACUACGAGGUCUAGAGCGGUGCAACAGCACCCCACUCUAGGUGGCACACACCCAGGACUCUACUGGGAGGAUGUUUUUUAUUUAUUAAGUAUGUGCUGUCUUUUAGCAUU